UGGCACUUGACAAGUUGGAACUACUGGUACUAAGUAUAGAAAGGCAAACACAUAGCAAAGAGGAACACGCAAUGUAAAGAGACACAACUCAAAGAGGCCAGAAUGGAUGGAAACAACGAUCGUUCCGAAGGUCAGCAAGAACUCGGUUCCUCCACCACAAUCCAUGUUGUUUUCGGCUUUCUCAUUACGUUGCUGCUUACCCUCCUCCAAGUUAAUUAUCAAAAAUCUGGCAACCCGUUUGAAACACAUGGUGCAGUCAUGUUGCUUUUUAUCAUAGUUGUAUUUGUUUACGCCCUAGCAUUGGCAGGGAUAAGCCAACCGACUUCCAACUCAAGCUACCUCCCUAUACUCAGGCGUGUGUGUUUUAUUUCUGGAGCAUUUGCAUGUGAUUUGUUGCUGAUGAUCCUUGUACCUCCCUUUGGAUGGUUUAUCCUCGUGUUAUGUAUAUACAUGUUUUUACAAUUACUUUUCAAGUCACGCCAACUGAUUCUCUGGUACUUUGAACAAACUUUCCAAUCAAUCAAACGGUUUACUUCUCAAGCAUUCAACAUAUUGGGUGGUUGGUUCCAAAAUUGUAUCCAAUCACUGCAUAGAGCAACUUCCAGAGCAUUCCAUAGAUCUUCCAUGCUACUGCCAACUCAUACGGAGCAGCAAGUGGUGGAAAUAGCAGUAAUUAAUGCCUAAUUAAUCCUUCGAUUUACUUGAAC